CUUCUCAUGCACGCAUGCGCUGUGAGGCAUUGUGAGAAAAUGGCAGACGUCUCUUUGGAUGAAGUGAUACGACAGCGCGGUAUUAACCUCAAGGCACCAGCAAAACGACCCAUGUUUGGACGGGGUGCUGGAGGAGUUGGCAAGAGUUUUGACGCUCGCCAGAAGAUUGGAGCUAAUGAUGUCAGACAGCGGCUUGGAGGAGGAGCAGUUUUUCAAGUGAAAGAUGCCAGAGAAAAGCUGGGUCAGAAGGAUGCUCGCUUUAAAAUCCGUGGCAGGGGAGGAGCAGCGGGAGGUGGUUCAGGAGCAGGAGGAGUGCAGGAUGCCCGUCAGAUGAUCAACUCACGCAAACAGGGGCAGAAUCAGUUCGGUAUCCCUGCACAUAUCGCACCAAAGACGGCAGUAACACACCAUCUGCAGAGCCAGACACUUGUGCCGCAGAUACAGAUACACACCAACAACGAUCUUGCCGGUGUGAACUCGAGGCAGUUUGGCCCGAAUGGUCAAGGAGGACUGAGUGUGAGGGGCAGCCUAACGCCACAGCUAAGCAAUAAUAAAAGAAUGAUGGAUGCUCGUGAUAGACUGAGCCUCAAAAGGAGCAUUGGAGGGACACAGGCAUCUGUCGCACCUCCCCUAAAAAUAACCAAGACCAUCCAGCAACGUCCAGUAGGAGCGGGGAUGUCGGCUGGAAUACGUGCAGCUUCACAGCCUCUCUCAAAUGAGCAUGAUGCCCACAGUAAACAAAUAAAGAUCACUACAGCUAAUAAUAUGCUACAGUCACGGCCCGGUACAGUGGGCUCCACAUUCUCCAUGUCAGCCCCAAUCACCAAGGUGGUUAAAAAUGAUGCUUACACAGCCCCACGUCCUCCUGUGCCUGUGGCUCCCACCCGACCCAACACCAGCAUGGCUGCCACCCGGUCCUCAGCUGCAGCCCUACAACCAGUCUCCAGGACUCUCCAGCAAAGCCCAGCAGAAACCACCACAACAGCUCCUGCUCCCCCUCAGCCUACUUUCAGUCCUUUGGAGGGGACAAAAAUAACAGUGAACAACUUGCACCCCCGGGUCACUGAGGAAGACAUAGUUGAACUGUUCUGUGUGUGCGGGGCCUUGAAGCGAGCACGGCUGGUGAAGGUGGGCGUGGCUGAAGUGGUGUUUGUGCGUAAAGAGGAUGCCGUGAGCGCAUACAGGAAGUACAACAACCGCUGCCUGGACGGUCAACCCAUGAAGUGUAACCUUCAUAUUCAGGGAAAUGUCAUCACUUCUGAUCAGCCCAUUCUAUUGAGGCUCAGUGACACUCCAGGCAGCAGUACAAAGAAAGAAGGUCUGCCGCCCUCUUUGACUCGCCCGUUCGGCCAGCGAGCCUCCUCUCAGCCUACCCCAGAGGUUGACCCUCAGACCAUCCUCAAAGCUCUGUUCAAGUCCACCGCACAGUCCACCUCCACCACCGAGCCCCCCAGCUCACAGGCCACUGCCUUUCGCAUCAAGAUAUAGCUCGUGUCUAGUGUGACUAGACCGUCUGUUCAUAUACAUAUUACUGCAUUCUCAGUGUUUCACCUUGACAGCAGGCAGCCCACAGUCUCUCUCUCUCAUAUGAAACUGAUUUUUACACAUUUGAUAUUCAUGACUUCUCUGAACGGGAAAUCGUGGAUACGCAAAAUCGUGGUUUUGGUUUUGUGAUAUCCAUAUGUUACCCGUUUUGUUUCUGGGAUGGCCUAGUGGAAGAAAGUGUGUUGUGAUUUGUUGUUUUAAUCCAAUGUGGUGGGGUAUGCCAAAUCAAACUGGAUGUGUAGGGAUUUUUAUUAUUAUUUUUUUUAUUCAUUUGCGUACGAGCACAUUUGAAUUUUUUUUUUUUUUUUUUUUUUAAUACUCCAGUUAAUCUCCACCCCCACAUCUACAAAAAAAAAGGCAGUGCAGAAGAAAGACAAAAAAAUCAAAUUGGCAGACACCGAGCAGCAUUGUCAUUGAGAGAUGCGUUAUGUUAAAGCGCUUUGUACAUCCACACAUCUGGGUGCGCACAGACCAUAGAAAUAAAACGGAAUAAAAUAAAGACCAAACAAACACACAAUACAUUAGAUACCCUAGCUAUCUGAUUUAGGCGGGACAAAGAAAGUUGUCAUCAUACAACCAUCAACCUGAAAAGAGGUAUUCCUAGCCAACAUGACUGAAACACUUGUGGAGAAACUAUAAUACUAAGUCAUCAUGUUGAUAUAUAUUUUGAUUUUGUUUUUACCAGCCUUGUAGCAUCCACAUUCUUGUGUGCUCGGUUUGUGACUAGUUUUACUUGGUUGUCCAGGUUUGAAGCAGUAUAUGUUUUAAUUCCUCCUAGUAUACAUUACACUUGAUUUAUGUUCAAAGCCUGUAAAUUACUUUCUGUUGCUUUCUUGCUAUGUCAGUCAAGAGACUAGAGAGGUCAGAUAUGUCUGUGAAAUGUCGCCAUUAAAUAUUUAGCUUUGUA